CCCUGCCCACUGACUUUUUGUUCCUCCUUCUACCGCCAACCCCAUGUGCACCCACAGAGAAGCCCAGCCAUAGGAGCUCUCUGCUUCCCGGCUACACAUCAGAGGGCUGCAGAGCUCCAAGGCAUGGAGGGCUGCGGUGAGGAGCUAGAAGAGGGUCUUGGAGUUCUGGCAGCUCUCCUCCAAGACUUUGGUGGCAUCGGAAAGAGUAGCUGUGUCUCUUCUCCCUCAGAGGAAGCCAGCUCAUCUGAAGAAGAGGAUGAGGAAGAAGAGCUAGUGGAGCAAGAAGCCCAUGAGCAAAGCCAAAAGAAACUGAUAGAGUUGGAACAGGCCUCCCAAGCCCUGCUGGCUGAGCUGUCUGAACUGGAAGCAAAAUGCGAGAUCGAGAGGUCCUGCAGAGAGCAGGCAGAGGUAUACGCUGCUCAGGUGAGCCAGGAGAAUAAGAAGCUGAAGCGCCUAAGUGUCACCCUCCUCCCCAGCCUGGACUCCCAGGACAAGGGUCUCCCCUUAAAGCCCAGCCUCAGUCCAGAACAGCAGCACAUCAGAGACCUUGGAGCCCAGGUAGCCGAGCUCCUGCAAGAGAAGACGGAGUUAACCCUUCAGGUUCAAGAGCUCAGGAGGCAGCUGAAGGAGCGGGAAGAGCAGAUUCAGAAGGAGCAGCGGGAGAGGAGCUCCCUGCAGAUGUCCGUGGGACAAUCUCAGAGGGCCCUGGCGAAACUGAAACGGGUGUCCCACCUGGUACUGCAGGAGUGUGGGGAAGCCCUGCAGCAGCUUCACCUGGAGCAAGACCUGCGCCAACAAGCUGAGAUCUUUGCCCACCAGAUGCUAGUAGAGAAGAAGGAGGCCCACCGACAGAGCGCCAUUCUCCUCCGGAACAACGGCCCCAGCACCCAGCUGUCUGCAGCCCUGGAGGAAGUGUCUGCCCUGAGCAAAGCCCUGGAGGAGGCCAAGUGCCAGCAGCAAGUGCAGGCUGUAUCCUGGGAAGCAUCCCAGGAGGAAGUGAACCGCCUCCAAAGGAAACUGAAGGAAGUGGAGGAAAAGAACUUGGAGCUGGAGGCUUUGGUCUGUGCCCUGGAGGAGAAGGUGAAAAGGGCUGAAACCCCGAGCCAGGCACCCGAGGCUCUGCCUCCAGCUCCCCCACCGCCUCCGCCCCCCCUGCCUCCACCCUCAGGCCCUGCAGCGGACCCUCUUCAAGCCAUCCGGCUGAGGCGAGGUCUGAAUUCGCACCCAGCUCCGGCAGCCCCCUCCCUGGAAGACAAGAAGGCAAAGGCGGUGCAGGAAAUGAUGGACAGGAUUCGGCAAGGAGUCGUGCUGAGGCCGGCUGCCAGAGAGAAGGAGCCCAGACAGGACAGAAGCAAGCGUAGGAGUGCUGCCAUUACGGAGCUCCAGACCAUGCUGGCUUCCAAAUGCCGACCCCUGAACAGGGGCAGCCGGAGAAAGAGGAGCAGCCGGAAGGGUCCUGAAGGCCAGCUAAUGGCCAUCCUGCAACGACGACGCCACCUGGUUGACUCCCCUUCAGCGGGGCCACAAGAUGGCCCACAUGCAGAGAGCAAAGGUGCCCACAAGACUGAGGCUCAAGGCACCAAGAGCCAGGGACAAUGGGAAGAUUGGACAUCUGGAAAUAGAAUAGUUCAAGGAGGCAAGCCUGGGGCUGAUCCUAGAGAAGGUAAAAUGACCCUUUUGCCUGAAUUAAGAAGUCUUCCAGUUACUGAACAUUCCUUCAAGGAGGAGACACAGAAACCCCCUGCAAUGCCAGCAGAGACGACUCAGGCCUCCAAUCUCCAAACCCGGGUCAGCUUGAGGACCCCAGCUCUGUCAAAGGCAUCUGUCCUUUGGGGACAACCAGAAGAACUAUAAGAAAACCAUGUUCCCACAUAAUUUUGAUGACAUGAAAUUAAAAAGAGUUUGUACAAAUAAAAGCAAUGCAACCAAAAUUAGAAGGACAAAAACAAAUUGGAAAAAAAUCUUAUAGCAAGUAUCUCUGACAAAAGCCUCAUUGCUCAAAUAUAAAGAGAUAUGAGUCAAAUAUUUAUAAGAAUAUAAAGCAUUCCUCUAUUGAAAAAUGGUCAGAGGAUGAAAGAAAAUAAAACUAUUCAUAGUCAUAUGAAAAAAUGCUCCAAAUCAUUAUUGAUUAGAAAAAUACAAAUCAAAAUAGCUCUGCAAUAGCUCCUCAUACCUUUGGCUAGCAUGACCAGAAAGGAAGAUGACAAAUGUUGUGGAAAAAUAGGGCACAAAUACACUCUUGGUGGGACUGUGAAUGGAUACAACCAUUCUGGAGAGCAAUAUGGAACCAGUCUCAAAGGGCCACAAGACUAUGACCCAGCAAUACCACUCUGGGAUCUGUUUCCCAAAGAGAUACGCAAUAAAGGGAAAGGACCUCCCUGUACCAAAACAUUAGCACUUUUUGUAGGGGCAAAGAAUUGGAAACUAUGGGGAUGUCCAUCCCUUGAGGAAUGGAUGAAGAAGUUGUGGUAUAUGGUUGUAAGGGAACACUAUUGCACUAUAAGGAUACAGAAUACAUUCUGAAAAACCUGGAAAGAGUUCUGUGAAUUGAUGCAAAGUAAAGCAAGCAGAACCAGAACUGUGUAGACAGUAAUAGAAAUGUAUAAUGAUCAACUGUUGUGAAAGAGAGGAUUUGCAGGACAAGCCAGGCAUGCAGACCAAGGUGAUUGAUCUGUCUGUCAAUCAAGGUGAAGAUUCCAAAUGGAAUGUUCCCAGAAGAGGCAGUUGAAGCUGGCCAGGGGGAGGAACUGAUUCGCUCUCUCUGGGGAUGACUGACCAAGAGAAACCUCUUCUCUGGGUUCCUGACCAAAAGACCUGGCUUUUUCUGAUCUAAGCAGAGAGAGACCUUUGGGCUUUUAACAGAGUCUGGACUUGAAUUACUCAAGCAGAGAUUUUCUGACUAAAGAAAGAAGAAAAAUAUUUGUCCUCCAUCUCUCUAGCUGUCUCUGUGUCACAGCUGUGACAAGACUGACAUUUCCCAAACCCUCAUAACCCUUCCUUGUAGAUUAGGAACAAACCUUAUCCCUCUUAUCUCAAUUCCCAUCCUGUCCUAUCUUUCCAAUAAACCUCCUUACCUGAGAAAGAAAA